GUCGUGCUUGGUCUCCCUCUUCUCUGCUCGUUGUCUCGUGUGCGUCUCUCGUCAUCAUCAGUCUCCGCACGAUCGCCGUCUCUCGUCUUGUUGCUGCUGCUUCCCCUAUCCAGUCUCUGCUUCGCCGUGCUUGGUCUCCCUCUUCUCUGCCUGCGUUCUGCCUUCACAUCACAUCAUCAGAAGCAGGGGAAAUUUCAGCCAUGCUCUUUCUUUAUGUCAGCAAACUCAGAUCAUUGUCUUCUUUGAUCCCAGCCGAAUUUUUAGGCUUUUGUUCUUGUUUACAUACUCGCUCAUUGUUGCCCUAUGCCAAACACAUCAAUUGGAACACAACCCACAGUUUUGUUCAAAGAAACCCACUUAUUUCUCUCUUAGAAAUAUGUAAAUCCUUGGUUCAGUUAAAGUCCUUGGUUCAGUUAAAGCAAAUUCAAGCUCAAAUGACCUUAACAGGCUUAAUAGACAAUAGCUUUGCUGCAAGUCGCCUUGUUGCUUUCUGCGCUCUCUCAGAAUCUCAAACCCUUGGAUAUUGCACAAAAAUUUUAUAUCAUACAAACGAACCAAAUGUCUUUUCUUGGAACACGACAAUUAGGGGAUAUAUAGAAAGUGGAGACUUAGAUGGAGCACUUGUUUUGUACAAGAAAAUGUUGCAGUAUGAUGGGUUGAAGCCAGAUAAUCAUACUUAUCCGUUAUUGCUUAAAGCAUGUUCUUCUCCUUCUCUAAAUUGUGUAGGUCAUACUAUAUUUGGACAUGUAUUAAAGUUUGGGUUCGAAUUUAACUUAUUUGUGCACAAUGCAUUAAUCUCUAUGCUACUGUCCUAUGGGAACUUAGAGGCAGCAUAUGAUGUGUUCAAUAGAGGAUGUGUGAGGGACCUGGUAACUUGGAAUGCGAUGAUUACGGGAUGUGUUAGAAGAGGACUGGAGAUUGAGGCUAUAAAACUCUAUCGGGAAAUGGAGGUUGAGAAGGUGAAACCAAAUGAGAUUACAAUGAUUGGGUUGGUUUGUUCUUGUUCUCGGUUACAUGAUUUGAAUCUUGGUAGAGAAUUUCAUCGUUACAUCAAAGAACACAAGCUUGAGUUGACAGUUCCACUUAUUAAUGCACUUAUGGACAUGUAUGUGAAGUGUGGAGACGUAUUGGCUGCACAAGUUUUAUUCGAUAACAUGGCACAGAAGAUCAUUGUUUCAUGGACUACAAUGGUUCUUGGAUAUGCCAGAUUCAGUUAUCUUGAUAUUGCUAGGAAAAUUUUAUAUAAAGUUCCAGAGAAGAGUGUUGUUCCUUGGAAUGCAAUCAUCAGUGGCUGUGUUCAAACCAAGCAUAGUAAGGAGGCAUUGACUUUAUUCCAUGAAAUGCAAAUUAAUAAUAUAGAGCCUGACAAAGUGACCAUGAUCAACUGCUUGUGUGCAUGUUCACAACUAGGAACACUUGAUGUUGGAAUAUGGAUUCACCAUUAUAUUGAAAGAAAAAAUCUUUCUGUAGACGUCACCUUGGGAACUGCUCUAGUUGACAUGUAUGCCAAGUGCGGGAAUAUUGACAGGGCUCUCCAGGUUUUUCAAGAGCUUCCUCAAAGAAAUUGUUUGACCUGGACAACUAUUAUUUGCGGUUUAGCAUUUAAUGGGAAUUCUCGUGAUGCUAUAUACUAUUUCUCAGAAAUAAUUCGUAUUGGAUUGAUGCCUGAUGAGAUCUCCUUUCUUGGUGUCUUAUCAGCUUGUUGCCAUGGAGGUUUAGUUGAAGAAGGCCGCAAAUAUUUUUCUCAAAUGAGCUCCAAAUUCAAUAUAUUCCCUAAGUUCAAACACUACUCUUGCAUGGUGGAUCUUCUAGGAAGGGCUGGUCAUCUGGAGGAUGCUGAAGAGCUUAUCCGAAAUAUGCCUAUAGAAGCGGAUGCUGCGGUGUGGGGUGCUUUAUUCUUUGCUUGUCGUGUUCAUGGCAAUGUUCUGAUUGGGGAGAGGGCAGCUAUGAAGCUCCUUGAGAUGGAUCCUCAAGAUAGUGGGAAUUAUGUUCUCCUUGCUAGCAUGUACAGUGAAGCGAAAAUGUGGAAGGAGGCAAGGAGUGCAAGGAAACUAAUGAAGGAAAGAGGGGUAGAUAAGCUUCCUGGUUGCAGCUCCAUUGAAAUCAAUGGCAUUGUUCAUGAGUUUGUGGUAAAGGAUGCAUUACAUCCAGAGUCUGAAAUGAUUUAUGAAAGCCUGAUUUCUUUGACAAAGCAACUGGAGCUUCUUGAAGUUACAUCCACAGUUCCAGCUUCUGGAGAUAAUCUUUCCUUCUGGCUUAGGAGUCCAGAAGAAGCUGACAUGACUUCAUACAAGGAGAAUAGAACUGCCCAAAUUCGGCUUGUGAGUUCACAUAACGAGGUUUAUGAACCAUGUGAUGAUUCUUUUGCGCUGGUUGACGCUCUGCUUGCCGAUCGCACUAACUUGUUGGAACAUUGUCCUACAAUGUGUAUGGAGAUUGGCUGUGGCAGUGGAUAUGUCAUUACUUCCCUUGCUCUUAUUCUUGGACCUGAAAGAGGUGGCGUCAACUAUAUCGCAACUGACAUAAACCCAAAUGCAGUUAAGGUGACCCAUGAGACAUUGGACGCACACGGGGUUGACGCAGAGUUGAUAUUAACAGAUAUUGCAUCUGGGCUAGAGAACCGUCUAGCUGGUUUGGUUGAUGUCAUGGUUGUAAACCCUCCUUACGUACCUACUCCCGAAGAUGAAGUCGGCGCUGAAGGUAUUAUCUCUUCUUGGGCUGGAGGGGAAAAUGGAAGGAGAGUAAUUGAUCGGGUUCUGCCUGUUGCAGACCAUCUUUUGUCCGAAAAAGGAUGGUUGUACAUGGUCACCUUGACGGCAAACAAUCCGUCUGAGAUAUGCCUGCAAAUGAAGAAAAAAGGGUAUGCUUCUAAGAUUAUCAUUCAAAGAUCGACAGAGGAAGAAAGUCUACAUAUAAUUAAGUUCUGGCGGGAUUCCGAUACUACAGUAGAUGAGGUAACAGACCAAUCCCUUAUUGGGUUCCUGGGCUCCUUGCUUUCACAAAUUCCUCUAUUUUCUCUCUGGAGAGGCAGCACUAGUAACGAUAACUGCUGAUUAGAAGGUGGAGUUAGACAUAUGGAUCAACUGAGGCUAGUGGACUCUGUCAAAGACCAAAUUUUAAGAGAAAGCAUUUAAAGCAAGGUUUUUUAUAGGCUUGCCAUGGUUCUUCCUUUGUUCUUUCCCUUUCAAUUGUAGUGUGUUCUGCUUGAUCCAAUUUUCUCACAAGAGCCUCAAUUUUUUUUUCUCAAUUGAGCAAUUUAUCACAGGCCAGUUUCUAUCGUUGUCACUUCACUAGUUGCAAUUUUUUUCGAGUUCAUUCAUUUCUGAUGUUAUCAUUUCUUUUCUUCUUAAUUCACGGAUCACCAAUUGGUUCUGCUCAUAUCUUUUGCUCCUUUGGACUUCAUUUCCCAAAAUUUACUACCAUAAA